AUGUGUGCUGCCGGGAUGCUGGCAAUGCCGCUUGUGAUCAGUCAGGCUGGCAUCAUAGUGGGGCCGAUCCUCACUAUACUCACAGGACUUCUGGUCAAUUAUGUUCACCAUUUACUGAUAAUGGACUGGCAGGGCAGUCAGCCGUCCCUCAUGUGCCUCGUGUUCCCGUAUUUUGUAUUAGAAUUCCUUAUGAAGGACUUGUCUAUUGUCAGUUACGUGGCCAUGUUGGGUAAUUUUCUGAAUUUGUUAGGAAUUAUAUUCGUCUUUGAGCAUAUAGUGUCAGAUUAUGAUGGGAAAGAGGUGGAAACGCAUACGGACCUGGGAUCUAUAAUGUUUUGUUUUGGUGUAUUGUUAUUCAAUUUGAGUGCAAUAGGAGUGACCCUGUCCAUAGACAAAAGUCUGAAGCAAGCGAAAAUGAUGACCAGCAGGUUCGGAGUACUGAACGUCGGUAUUCUUGGGCCGACCAUCAUCUCGGUGAUAUUCGGCACCCUGGGGUACUUGACCUUCGGUGCCAUGGAAGAGAAUGUACUACGAUCCCUGCCAUAUGACGAAACAUCUUCGAUGAUUGCAAUGGGCCUUUACUUGGUUGCUGUCGCUUUCGCGUUUCCACUACAAUGCUACCCCGCCAUUGCAACCAUUAUCGAAGUGAUAAAGUACCACGACCAGUUGACUAUACCAUCGGACAUCACACUGCGCAUGAUUGAAACUGUCGCUAGACCAUUGUUCGUUGUUAUGUCAUUUAUUAUUUGUUACAUCGUCCCGUUUCAAGCGCCGUUUGUGGCAUUUGUGGGGAAUCUCUGUACAUCUGUAUUGGCGCUCAUAUGUCCCGCUCUCAUGGAUAUGUGCAUCAGGGCAGCCGUUGAGGAAGUCAGUAGGCUUAUGUUCCAAGCACACCGAACGAACCAAACUAUUGACAUCAGGAAGACGAGGUUACCUUCACUGAGGCCGGAGGAAAAUGACUACAACCCCAGAGACCAUAGAUCACCCACACAUAAUAUUAAGCUGUGGAUGGCGUAUUUCAACCUGUUGCGGACGAUGUUUGCUGCCGGGAUGCUGGGCAUGCCGCUUAUAAUCAGUAAAGCUGGAAUUAUCGUGGGGCCGAUCCUCACAAUACUCACCGGACUUCUGAUCAAUUAUGGACAUCAUUUACUGUUAGGAUGCCUGAACGAGAUAGCAAAGCAGCUGCAGAUACCAUACGUAUCGUAUCGAUAUGGCUUCCGUGUAGCUCUCCUUCAUGGACCUCCUGCAUUCCACUUCUUGGGCAGACACGGUCCGACAAUAAUAGCCGUAUUUAUGGUUGUCAGUCAACUUGGCACUUGUUCAGUAUUCGUUAUAUUCACCAGCGAUUGUUUGAGAGAUAUAAUGGACUGGCAGAGCAGUCAGCCGUCCCUCAUGUGCCUCCUGUUCCCAUAUUUUUUAUUAGAAUUCUUUAUGGUGGACUUGUCUAUUGUCAGUUACGUGGCCAUGCUGGGUAAUUUCCUGAAUUUGAUGGGAAUUAUAAUCGUGUUUGAGCAUAUAGUGACAGAUUAUGACGGGGAAGAUAAAGAGGUGGUGACGCAUACGAACCUGGGAUCUGUAAUGUUUUGUUUUGGUUCAUUGUUAUUCAAUUUGAGUGCAAUUGGAGUGACCCUGUCCAUAGACAAAAGUCUGAAGCAAGCGAAAAGAAUAACGAGCAGGUUCGGAGUACUGAACGUCGGUAUUCUUGGGCCGACCAUGUUCUCGGUGUUUUUCGGCACCCUGGGGUACGUGACCUUCGGUACCAUGGAUGAAAAUAUACUGCGAUCCCUUCCUUAUGACGAAACAUCUUCGAUGGCUGCAAUUGGCUUUUACAUGGUUGCUGUCGCUUCCGCGUUUCCACUACAAUGCCAACCCGCCAUUCUGACCAUUAUCGAAGUGAUAAAGUACCACGACCAGUUGACUACUCCAUCGGACAUCACACUGCGCAUGAUUGACACUGUCGCUAGACCAUUGUUCGUUGUUACAUCUUUUAUUAUUUGUUACAUCAUACCGUUUCAAGCGCCGUUUGUGGCAUUUGUGGGGAAUUUCUGCACAUCUGUAUUGGCGCUCAUAUGUCCCGCUCUCAUGGACAUAUGCAUCAGAUAUCCUAACUACUACGGUCGGAACAACUUUCAUCUUUACAAAGACCUGUUUAUAUUGCUUCUUGGUUUUACGUCAUUGAGUUUUGGUGCAUUUUUCAGCCUUUAUUUAAUACGUAUACGGUUGCUUUCAAAAUAUUCGCCAAAUAACUACGGGUUUUACUAA